AUGCCAUCUCUCUUCGACUGGAUCACAAAUCGAUUUGGUGGAUUUCCAGGCAGAGACCGUCAUGAUGUAGCGGUGACAAAAAUAUCAGAGAAGGUCAAGGGGUUCUACAACCAACAGAAACCCUUCCGAAUCUACCACGGGAGCACCAACACCACGCGAAAUGCAACGCGGUCGCUCAGUUGCAGCAUCGACAUCAGCGGGCUGAACAAAGUCCUCCGCGUGAGCGCCGACAAAAUGACUGCGCUGGUCGAGCCCAAUGUGCCGAUGGACGCCCUGGUCGCAGCGACGCUCAAGAAAGGCCUGAUACCACCGGUGGUCAUGGAGUUCCCCGGGAUCACGGCCGGCGGCGCCUUCGCGGGGACGGGCGGCGAGUCGAGCAGUUUCCGCUGGGGUACUUUCGACAGGAUAGUCAAAGGGGUCGAAAUCAUCCUGGGCAACGGCGACAUCGUAUGGGCGAGCGAGGAGCAGAGGUCAGACCUCUUCAACGGCUCGGCCGGGGCUUUUGGCACCCUCGGGGUCGUCACACUCCUCGAGGUGCAACUGGUCCCCGCAAAGAGCCAGCUCGUCAAGCUUCAUUACUAUCCUGUUCACAGUGCCAACGAGGCCGUCGCGAGAUUUCGAGAACACUGCGGGCCUGGAACCAGUCACCAGUGGGAUUAUGUGGAUGGCAUUAUGUUUAGCAUGAACGCUGGAGUUGUCACCGCCGGGAGCCUACUGCCAGCUGGUGGGCAAGAUAGUGCAGAUGCAUAUGCUGUCACUGCUCGGUACUCUCGGGCCAUAGACAACUGGUACUACAGCGAUGUCCAGGCCAAGCUGGAGGCGAGACCGGAGGGAUGGGUUGAUGUUGUCCCCAUCAAGGACUAUCUAUUCCGAUUCACGCGAUGGCUCCUCGACAGCUUUAUGCACACGCGAAGUCUGUUCAACAUGCUGCACGAGACCGACACUAUGAUCUAUGCCGUCAUACAGGAUCUCUGCAUCCCAGCCAAGAAGCUGGAUUUCUUCGUUGCAUUCACGAUGAUCAGUGUCAAAAUAUGGCCUCUGUGGCUCUGUCCCAUGAGGCCUAACGCUGGCCGGGGCACCUUCCAGCUUUCUUGCAGCACGGACGAGGUUAAAGAUGACCUGAAGGACGAUCUUUGGAUUAAUGUUGGGCUAUGGGGAAGGGCGCCAUCCCAAAAUAUCCAAGAGAUUGUCAAAAUCAACAGGAUGUUGGAAGGGGUGGUCAGAGGCAUCGGGGGCUACAAAUGGCUUUAUGCUCAGACCUUCUAUACCGAGGAAGAGUUCUGGGGCAUAUAUGGGAAGAAGGAUUAUGAUUCUCUGAGAGCAAAAUACAACGCUAGUCACCUCCCGGACGCGUACGAAAAGGUGAGGACAGUGAUCAACACCACAGGAGGAAAUGGCUCCGUUAGUGGCGGUGGAUGGAAGUCAGUGUGGCCCUUGGGGGCUAUCGUCGCGUUUUGCGGUGCCAUCACGGGAUUCGUCAGUAAUGAACCACUGGUGAUAUUAGUUUGGAACAUAUUGAAGCUCACAAGGUGA